AGUGGAAAGAAGAAGCAGAGGAGGAGGAGGACCGCGACAACAAGCAAACGCACACCGGCUCGGCUCAUUCGAAUGCCGGCGCUCGAGCACGCCGGCGGCAGUAAGACGAGAUAGUAGUGCCCCUGCGAACCAUGUGGUCGUCGGCAGGCAGUGACCAUGCCUACCCCACUAUUAGGAGCACCUACCACUCAUACCCCGGUGGUAGUGACACAACAUGGUCGCAACACUCUGGCACCAAAGGUCGGGGCCACCUUUGGUCAGCGCUGCUCGUCUUCAUGGUGUGCAUCGUGACCCUGGCCGUGUUAGCCGUGGUCGGUUUGGCCCUCGUUCUUGGAGGGCACAAUGUUACAAAAAAGCCUUCCUCACUGGACACUAGACCUUCAGCAACCUGGGGCGAGGAAGUGGAAGAGCCCAUAAAAUACCCUGAUUUUCCUCAAAGACAUUCAAUUUUGCAGACUGCCAAACCUCCACCGCCACCUCCGCCGCCACCACCUAUGCAACCCUUAACUACUAGCACUGAGGCGCCGCGAACCACCACACAGAGACGUGCGGUGACCACCACGACAGCACAAACCACCUUCCGCACUCCAGUAAAACCACAACUCAGACAAGACAAACUCGCCACCCCACCACCCUACAACGUCCAGGGCGGCGUCGAUUUCAGCAGGGUUGAAAAAGACGAGAGCAACGUGGACAGGAGCGAAUGGACUCCUAUCGUCGAGGAGGAGUUUGUGAUGCACCGAGAGCCGAUCGGCGAGGCGGCGGUGGUGAGCACCCUUGCAGACGCCAUCGACACUCAGAACCUGAACAAAUUCCCGUCGAGGUCCUACAGCGGCCUCGGACACAUGCGGCCGAUGCCCACCCUGUUUCCGUCCAAGAAAAGCAACAACUCUGAGACUGCAGAAAUCGCUGCACCCGUCACAACAAGUACCACCACUUCAGCCCCUUUGAUAACCAAAGAAGUACCCUCGCCCUUCUUCGUAGCCUCGCUCACCUCCGUGCCACCCCUGGCACCUGAGCAGCCAGACCGACCAAAGAUCAGCGCCACUUACAAACAGGAGGACAUUUCCGUCACGACGGACAAGUCCUUCCGAGACCAGGCCGCCGUCUUGACCAACACGCACAUCAGGAUUAAGGAAAGCGAUAGGCAUUUGAACCAGGACCCUUCGCCAGGGUCACUGAAAAUGGGAGGCGCCCUUGCUGAGAGCAGGGGCAACCACGAAGACCAGUACAAACCAGUGGAGCUCAUUUCAGCCACUGAAAAAGUCACUCAAGUAAAAAAUCCGACCGACGAUUCAAGGACCAACGACCGGUUUAUCAAGAUGACCAUCAACAACACCGCCAGCAUCCCUGUCUACAUCGUGGACACAACGGAAAAGCAGCACGUGACGCCCGAACCUGCCGGUCCGAUUUUCACAAUCGAGAUGACCGACGAAGGCGAAACCACUUUGUCAUCGGACGCCACUCCUGAGGAGGAGGAGCCGACUGAGGAUUUCACUGAAGAGGCACUCACCACUCUUUUACCUGAAGAGGUGGCUGAGGAAACAAAAGAGCCCGUCUCAGGCACAACCAAUGUUGGACCCACCCUGAGCAGUUUGCUCCUGAAGCCGUUGACCGCGAGCCAAAGGACGGCCGAGGUGGACUCGAUGAGUCCAAUUAAAGCGGGUCUCCUCUUCAGGGAGCCCAAGAGCGGCCCAGCAAGCAGCGGCAUCAAAGAGUCGGUCAUCCAGGCCUUCCCGAAAAACGAAUUCAACAGUGCGCCAGCCUUUCUGAGACGAAACAACACAAUCAAGAAGACGACGACCGCAACGACAACCACAACGUCGAGUCCACCGACCACGAUAACCGUGUCCAUGUCCGUGUCGUCACCAAACUGUACGUGCGCCGACCGGCUGCAAGCGCAGGGCCUAGGUCGCAAAUUGUGCGACGGAGUCGUUGAUUGCUGGGAUUUCUCGGACGAGACCGGCUGUGAUUGGUGCAAAGAGGGCCAUUACGUGUGCGUUCACAGCAGGGCGUGCAUUCCCAAGAAGAAGCUCUGCGACGGCCACAGGGACUGUCCCUUUGGGGAUGACGAGAGGACUUGCGUUUCAAUCGCGCCAGACACGAAGAGGGCUGACUCGCUGCAGUACCAUGACGAUGGGGUUUUGAUGGUACAGCAAAGGGGUGAGUGGGGACCUUUGUGCAUAGAAAAAUUGGAGGAGUCGUCAUGGCGACUUGGAAAUGUGGCCAGAGCUGUUUGCAGGGCCUUAACAUACAGUGAUUUCGACUUGGCAGAGCAGGUUAUUGACCCAUCCAGUAAAGGACCCUUUUUCGAGCUGAACUUUGAAAGAAACGGAAGCCGAGGAGCAACUCCAAGAUUGGCCGUUAUGUCUUCCCACUGCCCCAGUAAGGCAGCUGUAAGACUUGGGUGUAGCGAUUUGCAAUGCGGAGUGAGACCUUUGGCAGUGAGCCAGUGGGCCAGGAAAAGGUCGCGCUCAUCCUCAGGUCGAUUUCGCGGUUCCAGAAUUGUUGGCGGUGGCAAUGCAGGACCUGGAGCCUGGCCCUGGCAGGCCGCCCUUUACAAGGAGGGUCAGUUCCAGUGCGGCGGAAGUUUGAUAUCAUCUCAGUGGCUUCUCUCAGCGAGUCACUGCUUUGCCCACAACCUGGACGCUUAUUGGGUGGCCAGAAUGGGUGCUCUGAGGCGCGGCACCGACCUGCCAUCGCCUUACGAGCAGCUGCGAAGAAUCAACAGGAUCAUCCAGCAUCCUGGAUAUCUGGACACUGGCUUCAUCAACGACCUUGCCCUUUUGAAAAUGGAGCGCCCAGUUGAUUUCAGCGAUUACAUAAGACCAGUUUGUCUGCCACCUCCAACAGCAGUUGUCACCACCACAACAGAGUCGGCAGAAUCAUCAACAUCUUCGUCACCUGUCAAACCAGAAGAGCAAGACCCUGCCGAGAACUCGCAGAUGUGCACAGUUGUUGGAUGGGGACAGCUCUCUGAAGUGGGAAGAAUAUUCCCUGACACAUUGCAAGAAGUGCAACUACCCCUUAUUUCAACGGAGGAAUGUCGCCGCCGAACAGUGUUUCUGCCCCUCUACAGGGUCACGGACGACAUGUUCUGCGCUGGCUUUGACAGAGGCGGCAGGGACGCUUGUCUCGGAGAUUCAGGAGGGCCGCUCAUGUGCCAAAGAUCAGACGGCCACUGGGAGCUGACAGGCAUCACCAGCAACGGCUAUGGCUGUGCCAGGGCGCACAGACCAGGCGUCUACACAAAAGUGGCAAACUACGUCAACUGGAUCAACGCCGUUCUCAAAUCUUCACCUGUUGAUGAGCUCAAGCUAGAGAAAAAAACCAUCCCCUGUCCGAGUGGCCAGAGGCGCUGCGCGCUGGGACAGUGCAUGGCGCCGCCUCCUGCGGGAAGGUGCGACGGAGAUUACUGCCCACCACCAUCAGCGUGAUCUGUCCAUUCUUAGUGUAAGAUAAAGACUUCCGUUUUAUAUAUUUCAAAAACUUCAAGAAAAAGUGACUGUGAAUAUAAGAAGUGAAAAUCACAUUUCUCAUCAUUCAAUUUCCCAGAAAACUGGGGGGUGCUCAUUAGCUUUUAAGCUUAUAAGACUUCAUUCAUGACUUUUACUGUACUUAAGUGCAUUUAUUUUUUUCCUUCAUUAUUUAUUGUUUGGGGUGCAGAAAGUUUUAUUGUGCACAGUUGAAAUAUGGUUUUGUCUUUGCGAUUUUUUUUUUAAUAAAAUCCAAAAGAUGAUCCUCAUAUUUUAAUACUGUGAGCUUUUAAUUGUUGUAAAUAAGUAAGAUAAGUAAAAGAAAAAAAUGAAAAUCAUUUUAACUCUGUGCAAAUGGCCUAGUUUAUCAAAUUUUUAAAUAAAUCCUGCUUAUUUAAGAAUAUAAAUAAGGAGUGAAAAUAAAGAAAAUGCAAAAAUAA